CCUUGCUACUUUGGCAAAACACCCUCCUCAGACCAGCCCUCCCUGUGGGCAUCGUGUCUGCAAAAGCUCAGUUGCUGCUGUCUCACUCCUAUCCCUCUUGGGCAUUUAAGUGUCCUCAGCUUCCAGGAGUCAUAUUCCCACUCUUUCUUCCUUCCCCCCCUUCUCCACUCCCAUCUAACAGGCAAGAGCCACUGCCUCAGCUGCAGCUACUCUGAGCUGCUUCCUCUCCUGCCCCUCUCUGUUUUAUUUGGGGUCUGUUCUGCUGCAUGCCUCUGGGCAGACUCUGGUUUGUUGAUUGACAUUUGGCUUUCCUGGAGACCCUUUAGCUGGCCAGCCCAUACAAACAUCUGUCAGCGUCAUCAAAACAUUUUGCAUAUUCUACUAAGCUCUUGUGAUUUCUUACCUUCCUGGGCCUUAGACUGCCAAGUCUAAGCUGGCCAGCUCCUCCUAGGGGCUUAGAUAAGUGGCUUCCCUUGAUCCAGCAGAGCUCAGUGGGGGCAGUCUGUUUGGUUUGUCUUCUCCAGGAGAGCUCAUGAGGAAUCUUGAGUACGGUUGCUUCCUAGUCAGCGUUCUGCUGGGGACACUGCAGACCAUCUAUCCCGCUGUGCCCUCUUCAGCUCCCCCACUGAGUUUGAGCUUGAGGACAGAUACCGCCUUUCCAGCCCACCUUGAUUUUGUGAAGGAGGGCAUUACGAUCGUUAGCCAGAGUACUGGUGAAACUGCUCCUCACACAGGACAGGAAACUCGACUUCCCAGGACAACAGCCGUGCCACAAGGCAGCUGCUGCCCUGGAGUUACCAGAAUACACCCCAACAUACCUGUUUCCUAGGCAUCCUCAAGUCGGCCCACUUCACUGUGCUCUCUGGGUGAAGAUGUGAGGAUUUGCAAUCUCCUGUCCAACAAAAUGCUUUUCAGAAAAAGACAAUGAGCAGGAUUAGGCCUCAGCCCUCCUAGUGUGGGGUCUCUGCUGCCUGGAUACAUCUGGGCUAUUUGAUAUUCCUUAGAGGGCCCAGAUCCACAUUCCAACCAGAGUAGCUGUUGGGUGAGGUCCCUGUCAGGGGGAAUGUUUGGCUAGAAACAAGUAGGACACACCUGUCACAGACACCUGCAGUCCCUAAAUUAUACCCACCCCUCCAGAAACCAUGAUGGCUCUUGGUUCUCACAGACACUUUUCUUUCCACGGCUUCUCUCAUGCACCACUUCUUCUGGAAGUCUCCUCUUCACCAUGUGUCAACUCUGUAAUAAUAGAUGUAAACCCAAUCUCACUCUCAAAAUAAAACUCCUUACUUUCCUAGCUUGCUUGUUGGAACCUAGGUGAUCUGUGUGCUUGUCUAUAUAUUAACCAAUUGGCAUUAUUGUAUUGUGUGUGUAUGAGAUUGAUGGUUGAUUGAGAGGGAGUUUGAGAGGGAAUCAAACAGGGAAGGAAUACCAUGUGACUUGUGUUAGCUCAGAACUGGUGGUCAGAAGUUGUGAAAUCUCAUCCUGACCCAGCCAUGAUUUUCAGGAGCAUGGAGAACAAGUGAUUUUCCAUUGUCCCCUGAACUUUUUCCAGCAGUAAGUUGGGUACAUGAUUCUCACUACCUUUCUACUAUUUCCUAGGAGAUGAAGGAAAUCUCCUUAGAAAUUACAAAAAAAAGCAGCAGCCAAGUGGAGGUGAAUGUGCAUGACAAGACCGCCUUGGGGGUCCCAGUUGGGUUGAAAAAUGGGGCCUCCAGUGACAUGCAGAGGGCUGAGAGACUCCAGAGGGCAGCUGUGUUGGGCAGAUAGAAGGGAAGUGAGGAGCAACCAGUGCUGAGGCCUAGUUCCAUGGCUCUCAGGGACAUUCACCUAAGACCCAGUAGUUUUUCCAUUUUGCAAAUGUAACCAAGGCUGAAAGCAGGAGGUGGAUGUGGAGGUGAGGUCUAGGCCGUGCCAUGUACAGUAACCAUGUCACUUCUUCUGAUUUGUGUCUGUCCCACGGGUGAUGUACCCCAGUAUCCUGUUUGCCUCUUUUACUGCAGCCAUUCACUGGGCUGGUGGCUUCAAGGAUUUUUCUACAAUAACCCCUAAGCCCCUUUCCUGGAAUGAGGUGACCAAGCUGAAAUUUGAAGGAAAGACUUUCUAUUUAUACGUAAGUCAGAAAGAGGAAAAGAAAAUUAUUCUUACAUAUUUUGCUCCAACUCCUGAAGCGUGUAAGCACCUCUGGAAAUGUGGAAUCGAGAACCAAGCCUUCUACAAGCUGGAGAAGUCAAGCCAAGUCCGCACAGUGUCCAGCAGCAAUUUAUUCUUUAAAGGGAGCCGGUUCCGAUACAGUGGCCGAGUUGCAAAGGAAGUCAUGGAGUCAAGUGCUAAGAUCAAACGGGAGCCACCGGAAAUACACAGAGCAGGGAUGGUUCCCAGCCGGAGCUGUCCCUCCAUAACCCAUGGCCCAAGGCUGAGCAGCGUCCCCAGGACCCGCAGAAGAGCUGUUCACAUCUCCAUCAUGGAAGGCCUAGAGUCCUUACGGGACAGUGCCCAUUCCACACCAGUGCGUUCCACUUCCCAUGGGGACACCUUCCUGCCUCACGUGAGAAGCAGCCGGACAGAUAGCAAUGAGCGAGUAGCUGUGAUUGCAGACGAGGCCUACAGCCCUGCAGACAGCGUGCUGCCCACCCCUGUGGCUGAGCACAGCCUGGAGCUGAUGUUGCUUUCCCGGCAGAUCAAUGGAGCCACCUGCAGCAUUGAGGAGGAGAAGGAAUCUGAAGCCAGCACCCCAACUGCUACAGAGGUGGAGGCCCUUGGGGGAGAGCUGAGGGCCCUGUGUCAGGGGCACAGCGGGCCCGAGGAGGAACAGGUGAAUAAGUUUGUUCUAAGUGUCCUCCGUUUGCUCCUUGUGACCAUGGGACUCCUCUUUGUUUUGCUCCUCCUCCUGAUCAUCCUUACCGAGUCUGACCUUGACAUUGCCUUUUUCCGCGAUAUCCGCCAGACCCCCGAGUUUGAACAAUUCCACUAUCAAUACUUUUGUCCCCUCAGGCGAUGGUUUGCCUGCAAAAUCCGCUCAGUGGUGAGCCUGCUCAUUGACACCUGAGAAGGCAUGACUCCUCCCAAAAACUAGCCAGGUGGACCAAGGAGCCCAGCUACCCAUUCCCAGCAAUGGGACCCAUCGCGGAACCAUCGGCACAUAUACCAAGUCCUCCUCUCAUGACUCAAAGUCCACUGCAGCCUAGGAGGGUGUUUCCCAGAAGAAGAAAGGGAUAGGCUCAUGCCCUGUCUAAACAAACUGGGAAAACUCAUUUUCUUCAGAAGUUAUUUCAAGAAAGGCUCAGCGACUCUGUUUCUCAUCUUUCCAACUUGCAGGAUAAUUUUUGGUUUUGAAUUUUGAUUUUUCAUAGAUGUGUAUUAUUUUGAAGUAUCAAAUAAAAAUAAUUUAUUUUACUAUUACUGAUUAUUGCAGUAGUAUCACCUAGCAGAGGGGACACUAGUUGAAAACUAGAGAGCUGCUGUCCUCUAUUCUGCAGGAGCUUUUCCUGCUGGUGCCACUGGGUUCCAGUAGACUCAUCACUGCAGCCUCAGCAGGGCAGGCCAGGGAUCUGGACAAUGGGGACUGUUUAGUUUUUUGUUUGUUUUUUUGCCAGCCAGAACUUUUAAAAAAGUAAACAUCCAUGUAGAAUGAUUAAAUGGAAAAGUUGCUUCUUAUGAUGGUCUGAGUUGGAUUUUCUUUUCCUUUUGUUUUUUCAAAUCUGAGCAGAGUGGGCAUCUGAAGGGACCACCGCUACAGCAACAGCAGCAGCAGGGGUGGGGUAAGUCUGUCCCCUUAGUCUAGAGCCUAGUGGGCAUCACCAUAGUUUUGUAUAAUGAAACUAGACUUAACGUGAUUUUUUUUUCUGAAGAAACUCAAGACUUUUAUAGUGCUCCAGGGGCGUUAAACGAAUUCAGUGGUACCAGAGAUAGUUCUGUCAGAAAUGUUGGACAAAGUGUAGUUAAGAGAAAGCAGAGUUAAGUUACCUGAGAGACUGUUGAGAUUUGGAUAGCAGUGCUUAUUUUAUAUACACCCCCUUGACCCAAAGACUAUUUCAAUUUAUAUUUUAACAACGAAAUGUUAUUUUCUUAACAAUUCAUAUUUUGUUUUUACUUUAUGGAUUAAGAAAAUAGAGCCUGAUGAACUAAACGAUGCAAGAAAGAAACUGAUCCUGAGAAUGAAAAGCUUCAGAAAAUAGAAUUCCAAGAUCAACAGCCUUAGAAGGGACCAGGAAAAGAAUCUUUUAAAAUAGAUUUCUAAGAGAUGCCUACACAACACAGAAUGUGACCGUGGCAGAGACCAACACUUAGAUGUAGAAAUGCUGCCCCCUAGGGUCAGCCUCUGCAUAAGUUCUAGGAAAGCAUCACCAUCCUUGCAGAGGGAAGUCCUCGAAGCACGCAGCACAGGCAUAUGAAGGGCGAGUGUGGGAUCCUAGGCCCAAGCUCUUCAACUCUAAAACCAAUCACACACAAGAUCCUGUUUUCAUCUCAGGGAGAGAUUUCUAAGUCAUCUGGGGCUUGAGGUCUUAUUUAAGGGUGGUCAAUGGACAUAUUCCUGGACCCACACAAAAGUAGAGCAGCUGCUGAUACCCUAAUUGGACAGCCCCAAACGGAGAACAGAACAAGUCACUUGUAGACUUGACCUCCCCUAUUUUGUCCCCUGAGAUGGCAGAACCAUGUCCAUGUUUACAAUAUGACAACUGUGGAAUAACUGGGGUUCUUAGGGAGAGAUUUGCAUAAUUUUAAAGACAUCCUUUCAUCUGGACCAGAGGUCAAUCAACUUAUGUCAAGUGCUACACAGUAAAUAUUUUGGUUUAGCACGCCAUACUCUGUCACAACUGCUCAAUUCUGCCAUCACAGCACAAAAACAGCCAUAGAUAAUUUGUAAAUGAAGGAACAUGGCUGUGUUCCAAUAAAACUUUAUGAAAACAGUGAGCUGAAUUUGGCCUACAGGCCAUAAUACGCCAAUCCUGCUCUAGACAAUAAAACUGAUCCUUACCAGUAUGUUAGCAGAAGAGGGUCAGUCAGCUCUGUUUCCAUGCCUGACAUGUAUCAAAGAUCUGGGACCUCUUCCCAGUGGAGGCACCAGGGUUGCUUGUUUAAAGGGUGCUUGAACAACCAACCAGCAAAGAGAUGUCUGAUGCCAAAUGGGCAAGAAAUACUGGAAUGCUAAAACACAGCUGGAAUCUAAGAAGGGAAGAGGGCUUCUCUGACCAUUUUCAUACCAGCAACAAUUUAGGCAGAAUUAUAAACAUCUAUUUAUCGAGUGACAAUACAAACCGAAGGAGAUCCUAGUAGAGAUUAGGGGUCAGUUAAAAUCAACUAGCCACUGCCACUUGUCAUCUACAUAGCAAAGGCUUUAUUUAGCACAGGACUAACGUGAAAAGUAGACCCAGAGAUGAAAAGGCUGUCAGGAGACAGGGGGCUGGUGUCCACCUGGUAUCUACUGUCUUAUGCAACAUAGAAGAUUACCUUUUAGUGUAGUGCUCCUACCUCAGUUUGUAGAAUCUGGUGUUUCUAUGCAGUGAGUGAUAGCCUCAACUCUGACCUUUCAUAUUCACAUUAGAGACAGAUGCAGUAUUCCAUAUCCUAGUAUGUUCCUUGUGUCUAGAGUUCUAACAGUACAGUAGUUUAUGCCAUUUCUAACAGCUAAAUUUUGCUCUCUAAACAGAAACUUUAGGGUUGUUUUUUUCCAGGGCUCAUCCCAGAAAAUAUGGAUAGAAAAGUUUCCUUCAGUUUGCUUUUCAAAUAGUGCUUGAAUAAUAAACCUCCUUUGAUUGGUGACUAGUCUUUUUUGGUAUAUCUCCACCUUUAAAAAUUGUUCAAGUUUUUAACCUGGUUAUACUGUGUUCUAACAUGUCUCUCAUUUUCUCUCAAAACUAUUUUAUCUCAUUGUAGAAAAAGCAAUGGUUUUCAUAGCUUCAUCUAUCAGGAAAUAAAACUCUUACUAAAGAAUAGCAUACUGCAUCUUUAAGCAGUAGAGGGUAAACUACCUGCAAAUGUGAAUUUCUUAGAUACAUUUAAAAAUAUAUAGUUGUUAACCUUCCGUGUGCCAAAAACUCUUGUUAGAUUUUCCUUCAAAGCAAUGUACUUUUUUCUACAUAUGCAGUAUGUAGUUAGCAUAAAAUCAUUGGUGCCAUGAAGAUUAUUUUUAAACUUAAAUAAAUAUUUAAAUAUCA